UUACCUUCAUACAUUACAGGAGCACCUUUCUUUCAUCUGGCCCUGAAGUUUUUCAUUUGCUGUCGUGUUGCUGAGCCCUGUGGGGUGCACAGUUAUGCAUAAAAGUAGCAAGCCAGGGACUCUUACAACCACACAAAGGUUCAGGUCUGAUGAGUCACUCAAGCAUUAAAAAGUAUUAAAAUGGAAUCAACAGUACUGAUGAAAAGUCUUGAACCGCCCUUGGUUUCUUUAUAUAUUGCUUCCAAGGAGCCAAACUGUCUUAUGAUCUUGAGUAAUAGUCCUCUGGACUUCCUGAAGGUCUUUGGAAGUUUUUAUUCUCAGUUUUUUCAGAGGAAUGUGUUUUUGUGUCUUUGUAAACAUUCAGUGCUGAGCUAUGCAUCAUUCAGGCUUAUAAAGUUAUCUAACUCAAGGCAAAAAACCAGUGUUGCAUUUACAAAAAGCAGGCAACUCUGCGCAAAACCUAUUUUAAGCUGCAUAUUUGCUGGAAGCUUGUUGCAUCAUUGGCCAAAGACAACAGUUUGACAGACGUAGAGUUGUAUUUUUGCAGCAACAUAGUGAAUCCUGGACAAUGCUAAUAGCUAAUAGCAUGCUUUUACAAACUCUAGGAUGAACUGUUUUUGCCAUGUAGGCUGUAUGUAUAUGUAUUUCUGUGUUUUUCAGGUAAACAAUGCACUUACAUUUCCUCUUGUCAUGACAAUUCCUGAAAAAAAGUAGUACUGCAAGUCUUUUGCACAAGACUGAAUGCUAAUGUGAUACUAAUAUGAUGCUAGUGAAUGAAUGUCAACAUGUUGCACAUUAAAAGUGUAAGAAAUGUAAACGUUUUACAACUUUUUGAAAAAAAAAAAAAAAAAAAAAAAGACAAAUCUGUAAAACCAACGUCUCACACCAAAUCAUGUUGGCUACAACUUGUAGUGACAAACACAUAAAGGAUUAUAAGAAACUAUCCCCUUAGCAGGAACUUUAGUGCCCUUCACCGAAUAAACAUUUUAGCAUUACUGAGCAAGCUGUUUUGGCUGUUUAGUUUCCUUUACCAUCAUUUCAGUAACAAAAAGCCAGAAAAGUUCUGAAAAAGCUCCAGUUUGCUCAGCACUAACUGUAAACUUUCUAUAAUGAAAUGAAAUGAUGAAAUGAAAAAUACUUUAUUAAUCCCAAAGGGAAAUUCAAUUAAAAAAAUUCAAAUAAUGAAUUAGCAAGUAGCAGUAAAACUCUGACUAAUGUUGAUCUGUGUCAGCUGGUUUUGUAUUUUGGUUGUUUACUUACAUUAUGACUAAUACUAUUUAAUAUUGUUGCUAUCAUAACUUGUUAAAAUCCAUUUUGGUUGGUUUGAUUUUCAGCAGAAACACAGUAAAAGAUCAUGGCCAAGGCUAAUUGUCUGGGAGGGGAUAGACAUUACAUAGAGCAAAAUGUGCACCCACUUCCCUUGACUUAUUUAUGUAAAAAUUAUAUCUCAUAAGUGUUUAACAUAAACAGUAAUCCUAAGAAGACUGCAGACCAGGUCUAGAAGCCAGGGUUAUUAAAAAGGAUUUAAGUGUCUAGAAACUUUUUUUUGCCAUAAAACUUUGUCGAGUAACUUGCAGCAUAUUUAUUAAAGAAUAAAAAGAAAAAUAUGUUGGUAGAAUUUUCCCAUGACUCGUAUCAGACAGUUUUCACAGCCUGGCUCGCAGAUAUUUCAGUGUUUUUUUUGUGAAGCAUUAGUCCAGACAUGUCUGGACGUCUGGAAUGCCCAAAUACUGUGGCAUUAGAGCAUUAGAGGCAAAGAGGAGGGGAGGAGCAUGAACAGAGCUGAAGAAAAACAAAAGAAUAAAGAGAAAAAAUAUGCAGCGAUGUUGCAGAGUUAUGCAUGGCAGCUUGCUAGUCAUUGUGUAGAGAAGAUGUAAGAAAAGAAAUUGAGUGGUUUCUGCUGCGACCACUAGAGGGCACCAAAUAACAGUAUGGCAGGUUAGUACAUUGAAUCUGGAAGCUUCAGUCUAUGAGAAGUGCCUCCGUGUCUCACUCAGUGCACUUAUCUUUCAGGCUAUCAGAAGCUGCUCAUCUAGGUGGAAAAACAGCAGUUCUGGCAACCCAACCUGCACGACGACUUUGGACAUGUCAGGAGGCAGGUUCUUUUGAUACAAGAAAGAAAAAAAGUAAAACCUUGUUGGCUGAAUUCAGCAUAGAAAAGUUUCUGGAUUAGAGCAGAAUUAACACAAAGCAGCGACGCCACUCCAGCUACACUUGCAAGCAACACAGAAGAAGGGGGAACGGAGAUAGAGAGCCCGACGCGGCGGAGUGAAGGCACUUGAGUGAAACUUCAGCCACCUCAGAAAACUCCAAACCCUCAUAGCGAGCGGUGGACGAAUCCAUCCCAGACAGACAGAGAGAGAGAGAGCAGCAGAGAGGCAGAGGAUCUUUGCCGACAGGGUCCUGAAGGAUGGAAGAGAAGCAGUUUGCUGGGAUCCUGAAUGGAGCAGUUCCAGGGGAGCCAGUGAAGAAGGAUGAAAACUCCCGGAGGGGGAACUGGGGCAACCAGAUUGAGUUUGUCCUCACAAGUGUGGGCUAUGCAGUGGGCCUGGGCAACGUCUGGAGGUUUCCCUACCUCUGCUACAGAAAUGGAGGAGGUGCCUUCAUGCUACCAUACUUCAUCAUGUUGGUAUUCUGCGGCAUUCCCCUCUUCUUCCUCGAGCUUUCCUUUGGACAGUUCGCCAGCCAGGGGUGUCUGGGGGUCUGGAAGAUCAGCCCUAUGUUCAAAGGUGUGGGCUACGGCAUGAUGGUGGUGUCCACCUACAUUGGGAUCUAUUACAACGUGGUCAUUUGCAUUGCCUUCUACUACUUUUUUAUGUCCAUGACCAACUUGCUGCCGUGGACGUACUGCAACAACCCCUGGAACACACCCGACUGCAGCGGAGUGGUUGGCUCCGGCUCACAGCUCAACAGCACCCUGGUAAACGCCACCAGGCUGGUAGCAGGCGUGUCAGAGGUGGUCAAUCGCACCAAAAGGACCAGCCCCAGCGAGGAGUACUGGAAGCACUAUGUGUUGAACAUCUCUGAUGAUAUUGGGAAUUUUGGAGAGGUCCGUCUCCCUAUCCUGGGCUGCUUGGCUGUGUCCUGGUUUGUGGUUUUCCUCUGUCUCAUCAGAGGAGUUAAAUCCUCCGGAAAGGUGGUUUACUUUACAGCCACAUUCCCAUAUGUCGUUCUGACCAUCCUCUUCAUACGUGGGAUCACCCUGGAUGGAGCCAUAAAUGGCAUUAAGUAUUACCUGACUCCACAGUGGCAGAAGGUCCUUGAUGCAAAGGUGUGGGGAGAUGCUGCCUCACAGAUCUUCUACUCCCUGGGCUGUGCCUGGGGUGGUCUCAUUACUAUGGCUUCUUAUAAUAAGUUUCACAACAACUGUUUCAGAGACAGCAUCAUCAUCAGUAUAACCAACUGUGCGACCAGUGUGUAUGCCGGCUUUGUUAUUUUUUCCAUCCUGGGCUUCAUGGCGCUCCACCUGAACGUCCCCGUGUCAGAGGUGGCUGAUCACGGCCCAGGAUUAGCCUUUGUGGCUUACCCAGAAGCCCUUACUCUGCUGCCCAUCUCACCACUCUGGUCACUGCUGUUCUUCUUCAUGCUCAUCCUUCUGGGACUGGGAACUCAGUUCUGUCUGCUGGAGACGUUGGUGACAGCCAUCGUUGAUGAGAUCGGUACAGACUGGAUUAUCCGGAACAAGACCAUAGUUACGCUGUCUGUGGCCAUCGUUGGCUUUCUGUUGGGGGUGCCUCUAACAACACAGGCAGGAAUCUAUUGGCUGCUACUGAUGGACAACUAUGCUGCUAGCUUCUCAUUGGUCAUCAUCUCCUGCAUCAUGUGUAUCUGCAUCAUGUAUAUUUACGGUCACAGGAACUACUUCAAAGAUGUGGAGAUGAUGCUGGGCUUCCCUCCUCCUCUCUUCUUCAAAGUCUGCUGGAGAUUCAUCUCCCCCGUCAUCAUCUCUUUCAUCCUGAUCUUCACAGUGAUCCAGUACAAGCCCAUCACCUACAAUGACUAUGUUUACCCUGGCUGGUCCUUGGCUAUUGGCUUCGCCAUGGCUCUGUCCUCAGUGGUCUGCAUACCCAUCUAUGCACUCUACAAGAUCUCUCGGUCCCCAGGGGCCACCUUUAGAGAGCGGUUGAAGUUCGCAUGCCAAGCACAUCCAAAGUGGGGCCCUGCCCUGCAGGAGCACAGGACAGGCCGCUAUGCCCCCGUGGCCUCCGAAGACACUGUUGAGGCUCGUCCCUUAAAGGAGAAGGAGGAGCUGAAGGAAGAGCAAAAUGAAGACGAGAAAGAGAAGGAGAGGAAGGAUGAGAUCAGCCUCACCAUCCAGGGAAGCAACGGCUCCACCAACACACACAACAACCCCAACCCCAGCGCAUAGACGCCCCCCCCCCUCCCUCCUAUCAGUGCUACUGGGCACGGCCUCUGCGGCCCACCGUCUCCUCCUUCUCUUCCUCCCUUUUCCUCCCUUCUUCUCCAUCCUCACCCCACUUUCCCACAGUCCUCUGUGGGGGAGAUCCCAUUCACUGGAGACCUUUACAUAUUGUAAGGGCUUAUUAUAUCUGUCCUAACCACUUCUAUCUGUCUGCGUGUCGUCUCUAGAUAAAUGAAGAAAAAAAAUGAAAGGAAGAAGAAACUGGGUCAUCAUCCAAAAGAUGUGUGUGUAUGUUUGUGUGUAAGUCUGUGUGUGUGGGUGAGUUGUUAAUUUGUUCUGCAUAAUUUAAUAAUGCAGUUUGUUUUUCCUUUCUUUUUUUUUGUUAAACUUGUAAAUGCCAUCUCCAUCAGCAGUUAGAGGUACAGUAGAUUGUGAAGCUGCAUGUGUUUUGUUUUGUGCAUGCAGCAGCAUAUAGACCCACUGUUCUCCUGAAUUCAGUUAGCCGGGGCUGUUUGGGAAGGAUGACUUUGUAGCGACUUUGUAGAUUGGACAGCUGGAAACGUGUGGUGCUGCAACUGUAGAGGAAGGAGGGUAAGCUGUGUCAGAACUGGCCAUUUACAGUCUUAAGAUGCUGAAAAAUUGAAAGAUCUAUUCUAUAGCAACAGAAGGAGUCACGUUCAUACACUCUGUAUAUUUCACAGCACACAGUGACCUCAAACACAGUUGAUCUCAGCUUAAGAAUAAGGUUCUUGCUUUUUUUAUGCUGCUGCUUCUUUAAUACAAGUUUGAUAGAGCACAAAUAUUUAACAACCACCUGAGAAGAUAAGUGAUAUUUAAGACAGAUUUUUCUGUGGAAAUUUCCUCCAUUAGUAACAUUUUUUCCACUAAAACUGCUUAGACUUUGAGAAGUAGGCAGAUAAAUGUCAGUGAGUUGUACUGUAAUGCUGCAUUUACCCACAUGCAUGCACAAAGCACAUUUGUAUAUGACAGAAGAGGUCCCAGCGCCCAUUUCUCAGGGUCCGAGUGAAGUUAAACUUUACGGUUCCUUGUCUGUGGAAACUGUUAAAGGGACAGAAACCACCUAACUGUACUCGCUGUCAAAAAGCACCCAUGCAUAUACACAGGACAGGUGGAUGCAAGUAUAUAUAUAUAUAUAUAUAUAUAU